CAGAACCACUGCCCACAUGCAGCCCCAGACACAGCCCCUAGCCCACACCCUACCCUUCUCCCUUGGAGGGGCCCUGCGAGACACUGGGCUCCGGGUGCCUGUCAUUAAGAUGGGCACAGGGUGGGAGGGCUUGCAGCGGACCCUGAAGGAAGUCGCCUAUAUCCUCCUUUGCUGCUGGUGUGUCAAGGAACUGCUGGAUUAAUGGUGGCAGGAAACUGUCCCCUCUUCCCACCAACACCAUGGCUGUCAUCGUGCAGUACCCAGUCCAGCCACCAUCAAGACUCCUGGGCCAGCUGUGCUUGACCUCGGAUGGGCCACCACCGAGUGAAGACUGAAGAGUGGAUGCUGCUUUGAGUUGUGCCAUCUGUCAGACUUGCCUCAUCUCUGAGCCUCCAUUCCCAGCCCCCAUCUCUGGUGGACCUCUGGUGGGCAGGGGCUUGGCCUGCGGGCUAGGACCCUGAUAAGACCGCAGCGGGACCUGGCACUCCUCCAAGCUUGGCACAGUGAGCCCACCAGCCCAGAUGGUUGAUCUUACCAUACUCUUAGUACCAGGAAUGAACUGCCCCCUCAGAUGUCUGUUUGAGAAUCACUGAAUUAUAAUAAAUAGGCCUUGAAGCCAAAAAUUCUAAA